UAAUCGAAUAACUUUCAACCGACGGCGACCUGGGAAAUCCAGUCCCGUGCUGAGUUUUCGAAUUAUCCGAACGUGGGAAUAGUUCAAUACGACUCUCGACUUUCGUGUCAAGCUUUCUAACGACAGGUUGCCCAACAUGAAUUCAAUCAGCAAGGACCCGUGGCAAUCGUCCAUGAGAGACGAAGUGCGUUAUCCCCCUGAGAGGACCGGCCGUUCGACUUCUCUCUCAGUAGCACCGGUAAACCAUCGACCUUAUCAUGGCAUUGAUAUCCUCGAGCCAACCAAUGACGAACCGUCAUCUCCGGGGCGCCUCCGAUCAUUCAGCAGCCGGGUGAAGCGAAACUCGGCGACUGACAAGCAUGUCAGCGAAAUUACGACAUCAUCAGGCUCAUCGUCACGCCUUUCAGCGACAUCAGAUAAAAACUCGUGGAACCGAAGUAUGGAAAGUUUGGGUUUAUCACGAAAUCCAUCUCAACGGUCUGUAUCCGCUGCUGUACCGUCGCAUGAUCGACCUGAUAGCGCGCAAUUUUUUAGCAAGGGGAUAUUCCACCGUAGAGGCAGACUACGCAGGGAAAGUAGCGACCAGGGUGGCCCGAAUCCGACUCCCAAUCCCAAUCCCAAUCCCAAUGCCUCGCAGGAUACAGCUGAGAUGCCAACUGAUACUGCAUAUCCUUUUAUGCAAUCCGUGUUCUCACGACGGAGGGCGUUAAGAGGAGAGCAGUCUGGGCUAGCGACCUCGAAGAAGUUACAGAUAUCAGGACCUUAUAACUUUCAGCAUCUCACACAUACGCGCAAGGAUAGCGUACCUGAUUUAAACCGGUCGAAUCGAAUGGAGCUUGUAUCGGAAUUUUCAGAAAUGCGGCCACGACGACCUUCCAUGGAAAGCCUUCAACAUGAAGAUUCACCAUUUAGGAAUUUCUCUUCCGAGUCAUUUUUCCGUCAAGACGAUUCAGCAGGACUAAACAGUAAUGGAUCACAAUCACGGGAAACAAGGUUACAACAACCGCCACCAUCACCGCCGUCGCCGAAAAGCCGGGUGAACCCAAUACAAUCACAAAAUCAAGGCCGCCCUCCACGCCCACCGAGAUCUCCAACCGAGACUGAUUUUGGACCGCCGAUGCAGCACCCGCCCCCGAGGACAUCUAGCCGAAUCUCUACGCGACAUAAGCGAUUUGAUUCUACUGCCACAGCAGUCAUAGACCGUCCAGGCUCGACUACCGGCUUCCGAAGGCCUCAGCCAUUCACGCCCUCUUCGCCUAAUAAGCUACCAGUACCGCCUAGCCCCCCGCGAGCCUCAUCCAAGAGUUCAUUGGACCAAGAAAUGACCACAGAACCGCAACAAGAGUUGCUCCACGCCAUUACUACACCCGAUGAUGAGGCUUGGCCUUUGAGUAACAGCAUCAGCUCCUUGCCCGAUGUGCCUGAGGAGGAAGAGCAUCACGUUCCAGCACGUGUAGGCCGCAUGAUGAGCGUCGUAAGCCCUUCCUCUUCUCUCAGAGGUAGUAUAUCAGCCCCGUUACUUCGACAGAUGUCCAUAAAACAUACAUCCAAACGAUCGCCUAGCAAUGCCUCUGAUACUUUGGGGAUAUUCGGUACCAGUGCUCAUUAUGCCUCUCGUGGAGAUAUCUACGAAGACUGUUCGUUUGAAGAGACAAUAUAUGAGGGCUGGGAGGAUGACAUUGAUUAUUGCUACGAGCAUGAGGCCGAGGCGGAUUGCGACUUCGCCUGGGAGCGACCAUCAUAUGAUGCAACCCGGGGACGCGAGAUGGGAGGCCAUCGAACCUCAGGAACCCAUACACAAACCGUCUUUCUCUCAGGCCGUCUUUCGUCUGGACUGCUUUCCCCUGGGAGUUUCUUUGAUCUCCCUGCGCUGAGCCCAGCAAGCCAAUCAUCGAAUGGAACUCGACAUGAAGCUAUAACGCCCACGAACAUGGCUGUUCCCGUGACGUCCAACUUUUCUCUUCCACGACGGGAAAGCUCAGCACACCAUCUUCGCGCGGACUCACGUGCUCACUCACCUGAGUGUAACUUCAAGGAGGUUCAAGGGUUUACCAUAUCGCCGUCUCUCCUAAUCCCGAGUGAUUACCACCAGCAGAUGAUUCAAUACGAGCGGGACGAGUUGGAAGAUAGUGAUAAUGACGAGGACCUCCUUAUUCAAGGACCGUUGCUCAACGAGGGGCCUAUUUUGAAGUUUGGCAAUAGCCUGAAACCAUCGAAUGCUCGUUCAAGCGCAUCAACCACUGACUCUGUCUAUUCUGAGCACUCGUUGACAUCUAGCCGCCACAAGUCGACGAACUCGACCUCGACUGCUUAUACUCGCUGGACUGGCAGCAGCACUUCGAGCUGGCACUCCACGAAACCUACCAGUGACAAUGGACACGCUGCUAAUGUCUCGCCUGCCAAGGUGUCAGUAUUCCCCAAGUUUAGUGACGAGGCCGUCUCGCCGCAAGACUCUGGCCGCGAGAAACAUUCGAGGACGCAGUCACAUGCGUGCCUUCUAAUGAGGGCUACCCCCGAUGCGGUAUCUGCUGCCGAGUCAAAGCCUGCAAAAGAGACGAUCAGGACUCGUGGACGGGCUCGAACCACCAGCCGAAGCCACACUGCCCCUCAGUUUGCUCUCUUUCCCGCUGUCGCCGCUGCACCAGGUGGUCGUGUUUAAAGGACCCCCAAGUUCCAUAUUAUCUCCCAAAACUGUAUCUUCCAUCUUCUGUCGUCUCUCCCAGCUAUAGCGAGCUAUACAUUCAUUACGCUAUCAUCAUUACCAACCGACCACUCAGGUCUCACACCAAAAGCUUCUUGGUUUCGGAUAUAU